AUGAACGAUAAGAACUAUAGAAAGGCAAGACCAUCCUUUGUUUGCUUGGUAUGCAGAAGUAAAAAAGUGAAAUGUGAUAAGGCUCGUCCCUCCUGUGGAAGGUGUAGGAAAACAAAUAAAUUAUGUGUGUAUGAAAUUGAUACAGACCAACUGGCAGGCCAGUUUGACGAAGGUAGUGCAACUAGUUCAAAUGCUAAUACAAAUGAAAUGGCUAUCACUCCUGCAACUUCCGCUACCUCAUCCUCAAACGAUGAUGCAUCUCCAAUGCUAAGAAAUGCAUCCAAAAUAUCGAACGGGACUUCGAUUAUAUCGCCACAACCUGAAAAUACAGGUUUUGGGGGAUCGCCUAACUCGUUAAAGAUGAAGCCACUUCAAAAUCAAAAGAUAAAAAAUGUUAAAAUGAGAUUAUGGCAUCCAAACGAUAUGCUUGUAUCCUUCGGAUCAACAACUUUUGUCGAUCUGCCCUAUGGUUCGCAUAGUUUUGUUGAAUCAGAUUUAUAUCUAAGAGCUUUAUGUGCUGCAUUACAUGGGGACACUAUCACCGAGUUAAGAUCAAGAUUAACAAAUAUAUCGGCAGCCUCUACGCCAGCAUCAAUGGAAAAUCCUAGUCAUAAUCCAACUGUCCCUACAGAGGCGGCAAUUACAACCCGUCCAAAAACACUACCAAAUAACUUGGACAGGGAAAUACAUCCUUUGAAAUUUAUUGAGAAAGCUAUAGUGAAAUGGAUUGAAAAUACAACCGAACUAGUGACAAAUCAUAUGCCGUUGGAAUAUUUCAACACGACUCAUACAAUUGAUGAUUCCAUGCAUCCUAGCCUUUUACGUUCAUUACAUACACUUGCGAGGGAAAUUGAAGUUAUCCUAUUGGAUAAAGAUGUUAUCGAUAUAUUAUUGAAGAAAUUUUAUUCAGAAGUAUACCCAUUUUACCCGUUAAUUGAUAUUCCAACUUUUGAAAAAAAAUUGAAAAAUGUCUUAUUGAAUUCAAAUGGAAGGAGGUAUGAAUUAAAUCUUUAUGGUUCAACUACUGGUAUUCGACUCAAACUCGAGUCAUUGGCUCUUUUCUUAAUAAUAAUAUCCAUAACGUUAAGAAGUCCAACGUAUAGCGAAGAAGAAUGUCAUAUUUUAAAAUCAAAUGCUCUAGAGACAGCAAGACAGUUGUUAAUCUUUGCCCAGAAACUUUUGUCUUUAUUAAAUGGCUUUAAAUUUACUAAUGAAAAUGUUCUAUGUUCUUUGCUAUAUUUGUUUCUUGCAGAAUACUUGAACCCCGAAAAUCGCGACGUUGAUAUCACAAAUGACAAAAUUAUGACAUUGAAGUGUCUGAACACGCUAGCAACACAAAUAGGGCUGUAUAAUGAUCCAUCAUCAUAUCCCAGAUAUGAUAAUGACCCCUUCACUGGGGAAGCAUUCCAACAAUUCAGAAGAAAGCUGUGGAUAGGUAUCCAAUCAAUUAAUUUUCAAAUAUUUACCUCAAAUGGUAGCUCGACAACACAAAAUUCUGACUAUCUGAAGAUUUUUUUGGACACUGCAACUAACGUAACAAGUUUGCUUUCGUCUAAGAAUUUUGAAGUCUCAGAAAUUGAAAAGAAAAUCUUUUCCAUACAAGAGGACAAAUAUGAAUUUCAUAUAAUUGUUGCACGUUUGAUGAACAGUUGUACCUCACUAACCACUGACCAAGAUCUUUUCGAAAUUUUAGAGAAUAUUAAAAGUACUCUAGCAUUUAUGCAUCAAAGAUUCCCAAUAUCCAAAUUGACAGAUUUUGAAAUAACUAGUGAUAUACAAACUGAGCCUCAAUGGCGAAAUGCAGAAAUUAACCUUACAGGGGUGGAAGCAACAGAAAUCUUAAAUAUGAACAUACUAGGAUUAUCGACGAUUAUGAAUGUGUAUAAUGUUCUGAGUUUCCAUUUCGAGAAAACUACUGGUACGAACACUUCUAACAAUGAACCUUAUUUUCAUAAAUUUAUUCUCGAGGGAAUAAAUGCUUACUUAAAACUCACAACAUUAAUUGUGGAUUACUUAAAGGGGAAUUACUCCUUACAUAUAAAGAGGGAUAAUGAAUAUUGCCUAAACAAAUAUGCCGUUCUUACUUUAGUGAAGUUAUGGCUAUCACAAAUGGCUUAUUCGUUGAGAUUCUCAUACAAAAAGGAAAUCAGGAAGCAACAAAAGGUAAUAAAUUCAACCACUUUUCUCACAAAUUAUCCCGAAGAUGACGAUAAACUUGAUACAUUACUAAAUCUUGGGAUUUCGCACAUCCAAAGGCAAAUGCAGGUCCUAGUAGACCUUGCAGCAGAGCGACUUCAAGAUACAUAUUUUGGAUGUUACCAAGCCACACUUAUGGCGAAAUAUCUAUUAUAUGUGAUGGAUAAUGCCGCUUUGCCCAAUUUCAUAAAUAGAUUUUGGGAUAGAGCCUUUAAUACAAAGGAAAUCCCUGAAGGUGUGCUAUACAAAUUGAAUAUGAAAUGGGGGUUAAGUACAAAGAAUCAUAAUUUUGUGAUGAAGAAUCUAAUGAAUCCGGAAUCACUUAAAAAUAUAAACCUCAAAUUGUUAAAACAAAUUGAAUAUAUGUUUGAAGAUACCACAUUUUAUAAACAUCCAUCCCCUGCUACAUUCGAUUCCAAUAAUUCCACCCCAUCAUUUGAUAGUGAAGAAUUAUUAAACCAAUUCUUGGAAAUUAACUUUGAUCAAUUCUUAGGCGUCAUCAAUGAUAAUUUGGGCGAACUACCGACACUAUAA